AUGAAUGUUAAAGAACAGAUUGAAAUAGAUGAUGACUCUGACAUUCCAGAGGUAUUGCUGGACUCCCCAUCAAGUACUGGAGGAGCAGAUGAUCUUGACUCUAAUUCAGUCUCCACUGUGAAAUCCGCAGUAGAAAGAUGCUUGAAUGAAACGAAAAAUAAGGAGGACCCAGUGGAAGUGUUACAGGUAUACCAGCAGCUGUUCUUAAAGGGUCGACCCCUAGACCAAGACAGUUUAGACAGUACAAUUGAAGGGAAAACGUUGCCGAUAUUCGUUUCACGAAACGAUAUUCUGGAAACGGGUAUGAGUGAACUUGUCGACAGUGAGGACUUCAGAUAUCCCAUGGAGGUCACUUUUUAUGGAGAAGAAGCUGCAGAUGUAGGAGGCCCCAGAAAAGAGUUUCUUGUCUUAAUGCUGCAGGAAAUUUUGAAAGACGAAAGGAAUAUUCUGAAAGAAGUAGACGAACAACGCUACAAAAUUAUAGAGAAUUCAGCCAACCUUCGAAAAAAGUUUUAUUAUGGAGCUGGUCUGUUGUGUGGACUGUCGCUGUUACAAAAUGGACCUCUGCCAUGUUUCCUUUCCGAAGAGGAAAGUGAAAAUGUCAUAAUGGGAACAAAUGCAACACCAGCAAGGGUCCAGUUCAGGAGAGGCUUUGAUACAUUAGGUUUAGUAGAGUUACUUCGAUCAAAACCUACUUUAAAGUACUUACUGAGGCCCUCGGCAAAAAAACUUCUAACAACAAAAGUACUUUCAUACUCUCAAGCCAAAAUUUUCUGAAAGUGGAUCCAACAGACGAACAGUGGAAGAAGGAGUGUAUUCGAAAUUUGUUAAGUAUGUCCGCGAAGUGGCAGCAGGAAGAAGAGAAAAUGUAAGCCUCGAAAAGAUGCUUCAGUUUACUACUGGAUCAACAGAGCCUCCAAUUCUUGGUUACGGUAUAAGCCCUUGUAUUGAGUUUAUUGAAGGAAAAAGUGUGUUCCCGACC